GCAAAGCAAACCGGCCUCUCAUAUCAUCAUUCAGCCGCCGCGGAAACAAGAGCAACUCGGAGGACUUCUCAACUUUUACGCACGGAAAUUUGACAUUUACGCACGAUUUCAAAAGCAUAAUUUGACGAAGACACGGACAAAACCAACUUAUUUACGGACGUGAGAGACUCUCGAGGAUCUUACCUGAGCGGCGGGCCUUUGGGUUUCACUAUUAAUCGAUAAAGCAGGUAAUAUAAUCUGAUGGCUCAAAGCUUUGGAGCAGAUCAGUCAGAUGGAGACUGAUAUGAAGACUGGCAAGUGAACUCGUAAAACAAAAACAAAAAAACGUUAAAAAAAAACUCUAAAAGCAUUUUUGUUCAAGAAUUUAAACUUCAAGAAAAGAGUAACCAGCUAUGCCUCGUCCAGGGAAAAACUCUUACAGCGACCAGAAGCCUCCGUACUCCUACAUAUCACUCACAGCGAUGGCUAUUCAGAACUCAGCUGAAAAGAUGCUGCCUCUGAGUGACAUUUAUAAGUUCAUCAUGGAUCGCUUUCCAUAUUAUCGAGAGAAUACCCAGAGAUGGCAGAAUUCCCUGCGACACAACCUCUCAUUUAACGACUGCUUCAUCAAGAUACCCCGUCGGCCUGAUCAGCCGGGGAAAGGCAGCUUCUGGGCUCUUCAUCCGGACUGCGGUGACAUGUUUGAGAACGGCAGCUUCCUGAGGAGACGGAAGCGCUUCAAGGUGCUGCGUGCCGAGCAUAUGACCUGCAAGAGUUCCCCCAUGAUGCACUAUUUCCACCAUCACCACCAUCACCCUGGCAGCAAGUUGGGCACUGCAUCCAGCCACCACGACCACUCAGCCGCCCCUCCAAACGUGGGUCGCCUUCCUCACUUUCAGGGUUACGGGGGCAUCACUUGCGCACAGCCCGGUGGGUUUAAACACCCAUUUGCCAUAGAGAACAUUAUAGGAAGGGACUACAAGGGUGUGAUGGCCAGUGGGCUUCCCCUUACCUCGGUUAUGCACCAUCUGGGUUACCCGGUGACCCCCCAGCUCAGCAGCAUGGUCAAUUCUAUGUGGCCGCACGUCGGCAUGCUCUCAGAGUCUAUGGGUGGCGUAUCCGUGCCAGCAUCAUCCGAGUACGCACCAUUCAGCGUGUCAGCCAAGGGCCUGUACCACAACGCCAACGGGCAAACCCUGCCAGCCGUUCCAGUGCCAAUAAAACCCACCCCGUCCCUGGGCCCCGUGCCGGGUUUGACGGGUCUGCAGUCCGGCCCGGCCCAGAUCUGCUCACCGUCCUCACUGAUGGAGAAAAGUGAUCUGCUAGAGGGAAAAGGGAACCCUCUACACCCGGCCCUCCUGCUGUCCUAACCGGGUAAAUUGCAGGCUAUUUUUGAAAGAAAAGAAAAAAAAUAAAGCGAGAAAGACAUUGAGAUUACCCGAAAUAAGACUUAUCAGAGACGACAAAUAGAUUACGUGCAGCUGUAAGAGCGUUGUAAAAUUAAGUUUAACAUUGUGCUGUGUAAUGGAUUUUUCAUUAGACUCAUGUUGAUUGAAAUCAUGAUUUAUUUGCACAAUUUGUGAGGGCAUUUACCACAUACUGUAAUGUGGCACUGAUAAAUACAAUCAGACUGGUAGAGAUGCUAAUCCCAAAGAAAGCUUUGAUUUAGGAGACAAACAGUCCGAAAUGAUUUCAAAUGCAAAUCAACUGCUCUGUUUUUUGAUUUUUGCUGUUAUUCUACUUAUUUUACUUCAAUCAUUGGCAGGCCUACCGGCUAAAGACAAGUAGACCUUCGUAAUUUUUAAUUAGGCCUGUUGCACUUUUUUGUGUAUUCUCUAGCAGUGCAUUAAAAAUGUUAUGCUUGUAUUAUAACACUAUUUAUCUGAAGAUAUUUAUA